AACUGUCAAUGCAACCCUGUAACGGUCGAUGGCAGUUUAGUUUCGAAAUUACAGCUUACGUUUGUUCUGUGUACCUUCCCAUCUCCUACAAGAGGACGCGUUGUGUACUCGUUACGGAAUUCAAGCACCGAAUGGUGUACCGAUGGUAAAAGUGAUGGAGUUGUCUCUGGUGGCUCAAUUCGACGAUCUACGGCGGUCGUGUGAUGUGUUACGCGACGGUGCGGCCGAGGUGGAGUUUUUGCGCUUUGUCCAGCUGCAGGACGAGUGCCGGAUGCAGUGGUUGAAGUCGAUCGAAGAAGCCAAGCGCCUGCAGCAUGAGUUGGACAAUGCACUGCGCAUUAUUACGAAUCUAGAAUCAAAGCUGUUUCACGCCCGCAAAUUGCUCGAGACGGAAACGAAGGCGCGCCGGCAUGCAGAAGUUGAGCGUGAUUCGAUGGAACGCAAGAUGAUGGCCGUCUGUGAGAUAGUGCGCAACGAACAGACGCUCCCGGACGAGACGCGUGAACAGUUGGCAGUGUUUGCGACGGAACCGAGGCGCAAAUCUCGGAACGGCAACGGUGCCGACGGAGCAUACCGUGAAAUGGCCGGCGGUAUGGACAACGACAUCAAUUCGACCGGAUCGUUCCUGGUAGACCUGUCCCUAACGCAAUCGGAAGACGAUUUCCUGGAUUCGCUCAAAUUGCAAACCAAACGAAAGUCGUGGAAGAAGCUUCGUCCAUCGUACAACAAUAAUUCAAGCUUUAAACUGCCACAGGAGCCGCCGAAACGCGUGAUGGAAAUUAAUUCCACAGCCAACGUGAUGGAACCACGCACCGAAGGUGAAAUCAUUGCACACGCCAAGAUAACCGUCCCGACCGGACCAGACGGUGGACCCAUUCAAGCCGAGUCCACCUUCCGCACCAUGGCGCCGCAAAAACUGCCAGCGGUCGUUUCGAGCUGCGCAUCGUCCAACUCUACCGCGGCCACCGUGGUAAACGUACCGACCGCACUGGCGCCCGAAAAGCAGGAACUUAAGAAAACGGUUAUCCAACGUCAGCACGAUUUGGUUGGUCGAACGUUCAUUAGCGGGGACACGUGCAACCAAUGUCAGGAACGAAUUCGUUUCGGUUGCAGCGGCGUACGAUGUCGCGAAUGCAGAGCCGUAUUUCACGGCUACUGUCGGGAAAAGAUAUCUGUCCCGUGUGUACCGCAAUCACAAACCAAGAACGGUCGUCGCGGAACGGCCAGCACGACGACCACCAUCGGUGGUGGUACACAAACUGCACAGGUUCCGGGUGCCAUUAGCAGCCUCGAUGACUACUGUCCUUCGUCGAGCCCUCGUAUCCCAGCGCUGAUCGUGCAUUGCGUAAGUGAGAUAGAGAACCGUGGCCUUACCGAGGUCGGCCUGUACCGAUUGUCCGGAUCCGACCGGGAAGUGCGCGCCCUGAAGGAGAAAUUCUUGCGCGGUAAAACCGUUCCCACCCUUGGUCAAAUCGACGUGAACGUGCUGUGUAGCUGCAUAAAGGAUUUUCUGCGCACCCUGCGCGAACCACUCAUCCCGAGCGCUCUUCUCGCUGAGUUCUCCAGCGCGGUGUCAGGCGGUUCCAGCCCGAAUAGUAACCAACGGAGAUGUGAGCAGCUGUGUCAGCUUAUCGAGAGGCUUCCAGCACCGAACCGCGAUACGCUCGCGUUCCUGAUGUUACAUUUCCAGCGCGUUGCACAAUCGGAAUCGGCCAAGAUGCCGAUCGAUAAUUUGGCUCGUGUGUUCGCACCAACCGUCGUCGGUUACACGCGUGCCGAUCUCGACAUGAACGAGAUGUGUGCGGAAACGUACGUGCAAUUUAGCAUCGUGCAGGCCAUGCUGCACAUUCCCACCGACUACUGGAGCCAGUUCAUACAGCCAGUCACCAGCGGUUGGAGCGAGGAGGGCAACAGAAAGGGUGCUGCACCUACUCCGAGGCGCGGUUUGGGCGAUUUUAUGACGCAAGCGCUAGAGAAGGAACGGCGUAUGGAAACGCCGAUUUUACGCCGACCACGCAAAGAUAGAAAGUAUUAUGCGACACCACCUUAUAAAAAAACGUCGAAAGAUUGAACAACGCGACAAUGAGGGAAACGGGCUUAGAUACUAGAUACUUAAAUUACCCAUAUCGUUAAUCCCACAUUUUCUUAUACUUUUUCUCUCAUCCCAUUGAAUUGUAUUGUAUAAACUUGUUGUUCCAUUUACAUUUGAUCAAUAAAAUAAUAUGGAAAAUCACUAACCACA